AUGAAGGUGCUGUGCGUCGCGGAGAAGCCAAGCAUAGCAAAGAGCAUCAGCGGGAUUCUAGGGGGUGGACACGUCGACUCGCGCGCUGGUCAGCACAAGUACUGCCGCAACUUUGACUUUCCCUACCGCCUUCCUCCACCAUUAGGUCCCCAACAUGGCGACUCGGCCUUUACCGUCACGAGUGUGCUCGGCCACCUCACAUCUAGUGACUUUACCAGCGACUACCGCGGCUGGAAUUCGUGUGACCCGUUUGACCUCUUCGAAGCACCGGUCACAACCUUCAUCAGCAACGACUUCAAGCCAGUGGAGAAGAACCUCCAGAUGGAGGCUCGAAGGGCAGACCUGCUCAUGAUUUGGACCGAUUGUGAUCGUGAAGGCGAGCACAUCGGCUACGAGAUCGUCGCGACCUGUCGCAAGGUCAACCCCCGAAUCGUCGUCAAGCGCGCCAGGUUCAGCGCGAUCAUUGCCGCUCAAAUCCACCAGGCUUGUAGGCAGGCCAACGAUCUCGACAUGCGGCUGGUCAACGCCGUAGAGACAAGGCAGGACCUCGACCUCAGACUGGGAGCGGCGUUCACUCGGAUGAUGACCUUGGCGCUGCAGGCCCGGUUUCCUGAGCUGAGCAAGGAAGAGGGUGGCAGUGUGAUCAGUUAUGGCCCCUGCCAGUUCCCAACACUCGGGUUUGUCGUCGACCAGUACAAUCGCGUGCAGUCCUUCGUGCCCGAGCAAUUCUGGCACAUUGCCGUCUCCAUUGAACGAGAUAGCGAGGACGAAGAAGGUGCCACAACGUCUGUCAACUUCACCUGGCGCCGAGGCCACAUAUUUGAUCUCAGCAUUGCCAUUCUUCUGUACGAGGACUGCGUCGAGAGGCCGAUGGCAAGGGUGGUCAAGGUGGAGACCAAGCCAACCACGAAAUUUAAGCCAUUACCAUUGACCACGGUCGAGCUACAACAGUCUGGGUCUCGUCUCCUGGGCUUGGCGCCGAAACGGGUCCUCGACCUCGCGGAGAAGCUGUACCAAAAGGGCUUCUUGAGCUACCCACGUACAGAGACUGACCAGUACGACAAGGACUUUGACUUUGAGUCACUUGUUCGGAAGCAGACGUAUGACAAUGUGUGGGGAGAGUAUGCCCAGAAGCUCCUCGACGGCGCUUUUGAGAAACCUCGUAACGGUCGGAAGAACGACAAAGCACAUCCGCCUAUUCACCCGACGGCCGCAGCCAACAACCUGGACGCGGACGAGCGCCGAGUGUAUGAACUGGUCACGCGCCGGUUCCUCGCUUCGUGCUCGACCAAUGCGAUCGGCAAGCAGACGACGGUCGAGAUUCAGAUCGCAGGCGAGUUCUUCUCGACCAGCGGCAUCGUUGUGCUUCAGCGCAACUACCUCGAGGUCUACCCUUAUGACAAGUGGACUAGCAACCCGCUCCCAGACUUUGAGGAGGGCGAAGAGUUCAUGCCAACGGCGUGCGAAUUGAAAGAGGGAACCACGACAAGCCCAAAUCUCCUCACCGAAGCCGAUCUCGUCGGGCUCAUGGAUAAAAACGGUAUCGGGACGGACGCAACAAUCGCCGAGCACAUUGCCAAGAUCAUAGACCGCGGGUAUGUUGUCGCCAAGCAGCAGCAGAAGACGAAGUACCUUGUGCCCUCGCAGCUGGGCAUUGGCCUCGUUGAGGGCUACAAUGCCAUUGGAUUCGACCGCUCUCUCAGCAAACCGCAUCUACGCCGAGAGACCGAGCACCGCAUGCAGCUCAUCUGCGAGGGCCAGUCGACCAAGGGGGAUGUCCUCCAACUCAGUGUCAACGAAUACAAAGAGGUGUUUGUGAAAGCCCGCCGCGAGUUCCAAACUGUCGUUGAAUCGGUGGACAACUAUCUCCAUGGGCAGGGAGAGGCGCAGGAUGCGCUCCGUGCCGCUGCUCGCGGUGGUCGAGGCUCCCGCGGAGGACGAGGUGCGCGAGGCGGUGGUACUGGACGCGGUGGGCGGGGAGGGCGUGGCGGCGGUGCCGGAGGGCGAGGGCGAGGAAACGAUGGUGACGACGACGAUGAUGACGACGAUGACGACGAUAGUGAUGGGCCACCGAGGGGUGGCGGUCGUGGAGGCGCUCGAGGCCGUGGAACAAGGGCCCGCGGGGCUGCUGCCACCCGGGGUACCAGCACGCGAGGCCGAGGAGGAGGGUCUAACUCGUCGGCUGGUACUGGGUCCAGGAAACGUAAAACAGCAGACUCUGGCGAUGACAGCGCCACGCCGACCUGUGGCUGUGGUACUGAUGCAGUCAUGCGGACGGCCGGACCAUCGUCGAGCAACGCCGGGCGGCAGUUCUACACUUGCCCCAAGCCUCAAGGCGAGCAGUGCGGGUUCUUCGAAUGGUCCGACGACUCGAGAGGCGGUGGUGGUGGUAGUGGUGGUGGUGGCCCUUCUCGGUCGACCUCUGCGCCCAAGCGGCCACGAUCUGCUGCGUCCAAUGGCAGCAGCAACGCUGUAGGAGAGUGCUUCAAGUGCGGCGAGCAGGGCCACUGGUCCAAUUCGUGUCCCAAUGAAGGCGGUGGCUCGUCCCGCUCCCGGUCAACCAACCAGCGGAGCAACUCCAAUGGGCGGUCAAAUGGAGGUGGCGGCGGUGGACCAGGACCCCAAAGUGGCGAGUGCUUCAAAUGCGGGGAGGACGGCCACUGGUCCAGCAACUGUCCGAACGGUGACGGCGGCCGAUCUGGCGGGGCCGGCGGUCGUGGAGGCGGUCGUGGAGGCGGUGGUGGUGGUGGUGGGGGCAGUGGCCCUCAGAGUGGCGCGUGCUACAAAUGUGGCGAGGCAGGCCACUGGGCGAACAACUGUCCCAACAACUAG